AUGAACAUCUUUAGAUUCUUUGGCGAUUUGUCGCACUUGGCUUCCAUCUUCAUCUUGCUGCACAAGAUUACCAUCAGCAAGAGCUGCAGAGGUGCGUAGGUCGCAUGGGACGCUAGAUGGCAGCCAAAGCCAAGGAUAUGAAAGUCGGGUAGAUGCUCGUUCAUGUGCUCGCGUGCGGAGGGCGGCGGAAUGGAGCUGGAGAGGUGGUUGCAUCGGUGCUGUCACAGAGCACAGCCAGCAGGACCAGUGCGCACAUCGACACCAACAAAGACGAAGGGCAGAUCGACUGUUUGUCAUCCUCGCUCACGUCUGAUGCUCACCUGUACGCGCACAGGUAUCUCCUUCAAAACCCAGUUGCUGUACUCGAUCGUAUUUGCCUCGCGCUACUUGGACAUCUUCUUCGAGACGAGCUUGUACCGGGUCUUGAUGAAGAUCUUCUUCAUCGGUAGCUCAGUCUAUGUCUUGUAUCUCAUGCGCGUCAAGUACAGGUGAGUCUGUCGGGUUGAGGCGGUGGGCGGAGCUUUUUUACCUUGAUCAAGCUCGUGCCAGCAGAUGCGCGAGAGGCCCAUGUGUCUGCACACCACGCUAAAGCCUAAGCCUCCGCCGAAAUGCCUCCAGGCCCACACACGAUCCAGCGAUCGACACGAUCAGAUUGGAAUACUUGCUAGGCCCCGCAGCCCUGCUAGCGCUGGUGUUCAACUAUGGCUACAAUAUCCUGGAGCUGUUUUGGGCUUUUAGCAUCUACUUGGAAUCCGUCGCCAUUCUUCCCCAACUGUUUAUGCUGCAGAGAACAGGAGAGGCAGAAACCAUCACUACGCAUUACCUCUUCGCUCUGGGCGCUUACAGAGCUCUGUAUCUGCCCAAUUGGAUUUACCGGUAGGUUGCAUUGGACCUUUUUGCUUGGCGUUCAUUCAGCUCUGACCUUCGCAAUCUCCCUCAGAUACUUUACCGAGAAUCAGGUGGACCCGAUCUCGGUCAUCAGCGGUCUGGUGCAGACCGGCUUGUACCUCGACUUUUUCUACAGUGAGUCGUUGCUAACGCUCAUUCUGCGUCCAGGCUUUGUAUGCGCUGACGUAGCACAUUCCUUGGCCACUGACAAUAGUCUAUGUAAACAAGGUUUUGAAGGGGUGAGUGCGGCAGGCUGAUGUCAGCAUUUGGCACAAGUGUGCGCGGAUCGCUGAACAUCGCUCCCUCCACUGCUCAGGCAAAAGUUCGAGUUGCCGGCGUAG